CUCGUUGAAAUAUCGAGCAGUCGAAAUAUUCAAAAGACUUUUUAUUCGCUUCUUGUCGAAAUUCAUCGAACGAUAUCACACGUGUUAAUGCAAUAAAUAUUUCGAGAAUAUUCGAACGAUUCGUUUGUGAACAAAAUUCAAGUUGCAUAUCGAUAAACUCAGACAAGAUCACCAUGAAGAUAUUCGUCUUAAUCGUUUGUUCGAUCAUCUGCUCGGUUACCGCUCAAGAUCCGUUUAGGCCCAUCAGCAGCGGCAUCCUAAAAAUUGAGAGCAUCGUCGACGACGCCAUAGAAACGGCGAAGGACUUGUACAUGAUUGAUGAUCAUGGUAACCAAGUUCCAUUAGACAUAAAUGAACUACUCCCUGAGACCUUGUGGCAAACAGAGAGAAAACUGCCUGAUCGUAUGCAUUUCUAUCUGUACACGAAGGAAAAUCCGACGGACGGACAGCAGUUAUACAUAGAUGACGUGAAGACACUGAACAAUAGUAACUUCGAUCCCCAAAAGGAAACGAAGAUCAUUACUCACGGAUGGAUGAAUAAUUACCUGAGCGAUUCGUGCGUGACAAUCCGAGACGCUUACCUCAAGAACAGCGACUACAACGUCGUAGUGAUGGACUGGGGCCAGAUAGCGGUGGGACCAUACAUUUGGGUCAGUGAUCGCAUUCUAAUAAUUGGCAAGUUCGCCGCUAAGAUGGUUAGCUUCCUGGAGUCGCAAGGGUUGGACGAGAAUAAGCUGACCAUCGUUGGCCACUCUCUUGGUGCCCAUAUAGCCGGCUUCGCAUCAUACUACGCAAAGCGAAAAGCGAACUACGUAGUCAAGUUGGACGCAGCGCAGCCUAACUUACAUAAGGUUAGAUUCGCCCCUAACCAAGCAAUGUACACAACAUCCAUCCAUACGGAUAGCUUUUUCUGGGGACAAGACAUUGCCAUAGCCGAUUCUGAUUUCUGGCCGAACAGUGGCUUGCGACAACCUGGUUGUGGUUUGAACAAUGCAUGUUCCCAUUCCAGAUCUUACAUUUACUUCGCAGAGUCGAUCAACAGUGAAGUAGGUUUCGUAGGAGUACAGUGUACCAAUUACCCUGACUACGUGCUAAACAAAUGUGCCAAUAACCCGACUGGAAUCAUGGGAGGUGCUAAACUGAAUACUACACUCAGAGGCAACUAUUAUCUGAAGACGAAUCUGAAAGCACCAUUCGCUAGAGGAUCUAAAUCACGAUCUGCCAUUAGCGAAAUCAAGCUCACCAUGAAGUCACUAGCCAUAAUCGCGUGCUGCAUCAUCUACUCAGCCGUCGCUCGAAACGCGUUGAACCCUUCGAUCGAAAAUGUACUGGAAAUAGAAGAUGAUAUCCAAGCAUGGGACAGGGAUCUUUCCGAUGACAAUGACAACCUAGUGAAAAGAGACUUAUCAAGUAUAUUACCCGAAAAAUUGGAGCAAACGGAGAAAGACCUGCCUAAUCGAGUCUUUUUCUACCUGUACACGAGAAACAGUACGAACGAACCACAGAAGUUAUUCAUUGAUGACGUCGAGACACUGAAAAAGAGUCAUUUCAAUGUCAACAAGGAAACGAAAAUCGUUACUCAUGGCUGGAGGAACGAUUACACGAGCGCAUCAUGCCAGCUCAUUCGUAAAGCUUUCCUCCAGAACAGUGACUGCAACGUCAUAGUGAUCGACUGGGGCAAGAUAGCGAAGAAGGAAUACUACUGGGCCAGUAAUCGCGUUCUAAUGGUUGGUAAGUUCGCCGCUAAGAUGAUUAGUUUCCUGGAGUCGCAAGGAAUGGACGAGAAUAAGCUGACCAUCGUUGGCCACUCUCUUGGUGCCCAUGUAGCCGGACUGGCAUCUAACUAUGCGGCUCGAAAAGCGAAUUACGUAGUCGGUUUGGACCCAGCACAGCCCAACUUCAGUGGCAAGUCUUCGGAUGCUAGAUUCAGUCGUGGUCAGGGAAAAUUCGUAGAGGCCAUCCACUCGGAUGCUGGUGUCUUGGGGAUGAAUAAUGCCUUGGCUGACGCUGAUUUCUGGCCAGACGGGGGUCACGUGCAAUCUGGUUGCAAAGUCAAUGACAUCUCGUGUUCGCAUGGUAGGUCUUACGAAUACUUCGCGGAGUCGAUCAACAGUGAGGUAGGCUUCGUAGGGGUACAGUGCUCCAACUACGAUAAGUACUUACGGAACGAAUGCGCACAUAACCCGACUGGCAUCAUGGGCGGAGCUAAACCGCAACCUGGACUCAAAGGCAACUAUUUCUUGAAGAUGAACGCUAAGUCACCAUACGCUAAGGGGAUUUCCCAAUGACGAUGAUUCUUAUCUCGAUGGGAAUGAAACGAGAAAAUAAUUUCGCUCAAAAUCGAAAGUCACGAAAUUUUUUGAUAUUAAUUAUGCA